AUGGAGAUCUUGUAUUUUAUUCAUCUAUAUGAAGAUAUAUUAAAUACAACUUAUGUUGUAGGUUAUAAGGAGAUAGCUGAACAAAUUAAUACUCAAAUUUGUAAUACUUUACCAAUUGAAAAUGAAAAAUAUUAA